AUGAACGCCUCGGUGCCCGGCAGCCAGCUGAGACAGCCCGAGCUCCAGGACAUGGCUGCCUUCACCCCCGUCUCCAUCGUCAAGAGCGUGACCAAGAAAUCGGACGCGCUGCCGGUGAUCUCGGUGAUCGUCGUGCUCUUCGUGCUGCUGGCCGUGUUCAUCGUGCUGGUGGUGCACUACGGCCCCCAGCUGCGCACGGUGCAGGUCACGCUGCACCACGAGCCCAUGGCCCAGCACAUGGACAGCGUGCUCCUCACGGACUGGAGGCGCCUGGAUGCCCACGGGAAGAUGGGCUCGGCUAGAGUGACCUGCCACUGCUCCUGCAACCACCACCUUCCCCACGGGAGUGCUGAGCCCAAUGUCAUCGAGAUCACCUACCUGUGA